AUGAAGGGUGCUGCAACUGGACGGUUUCUGCUGGUGCUCAUGGCUUGCACCUUGCCUGCUGUCACCUACAGCAACACUCCUCCUGGCCCUGGGAACCAAACAGAUCGACUAUCACUGCUUGAAUUCAAGAAGGCGAUCAAUUUGGAUCCACAGCAAGCACUGGCAUCUUGGAAUGGCAGCAAUCACUUCUGCAGUUGGGAAGGUGUCAGUUGCAGGACGACGAGCAAUCGUGUCACUAAUCUUGACCUUGGAAACCGAGGUUUAGUUGGCCAAAUAUCUCCUUCGCUAGGAAACCUGACAUUCCUGAAACACCUGUCCCUAGCAACAAACAGAUUCAGUGGACAAAUCCCAGCAUCCCUUGGCCAGUUGCAUCGCCUCCAAACCCUCUACUUGAGUAACAACACGUUACAUGGAGUUAUACCUACUUUUCAAAACUGCUCCAACCUGGAGAAAUUAUGGCUCGAUGGGAACAAUCUCCUUGGAGGGUUUCCGGGUUUGCCUCUUGGACUUGAACAGCUCGAGCUUGGAUCUAACAAUCUUUCUGGAGCCAUCCCUCUUUCUCUUGCCAAUAUCACAACACUUAAGUCGUUAGGCUUCAAUUUCAAUAAUAUUCAGGGAAACAUACCAGAUGAGUUUGCCAAGUUGCCGGAGCUACAGAGUCUACGCGCUUCUGCCAACCAUUUGGUAGGUAGUUUUCCACUGGCCAUCCUGAAUCUUUCAACCCUCGUUUCCUUCGGUAUUACAGGGAAUCAUUUAAGCGGCGAGGUGCCACCUGGCCUCGGUAGCUCUCUUCCCAACCUCCAAAUGCUUGCAAUAAGCAUCAACUUUUUCCAUGGCCACAUCCCUUCCUCGUUGGCCAAUGCAUCGAAUCUUCGCCUUAUUGCUAUGUCAAACAACAGUUUCACUGGGGUGGUCCCUAGUUCCAUUGGUAAACUUGGCAAUCUCUACCUUCUGAAUCUUGAGUUAAAUAAACUUAAAGCUCGUAACAGUCAAGACUGGGAGUUUGUUUACAGCUUAGGCAACUGUACUAAUCUACAAACAUUGUCAUUAUAUUCCAAUCAGCUAGAAGGCCACGUACCAACUUCAUUAGGUAACCUUUCUGUUAAACUGCGGACAUUAAUACUGGGGUAUAAUCAGUUAUCUGGUGAUUUUCCUUCUGGAAUCGCAAACCUUCGCAACCUGAUGUGGUUAGGACUACAUGGGAAUCAAUUUACAGGAAAGGUUCCAGAAUGGCUUGGAACUCUAAACAGUUUACAAAAGCUGCUUUUAGAUAACAACAAUUUCACAGGGUUUAUUCCAUCAUCCCUUUCAAACUUGACUCAGUUGUCAGAUCUCGGACUUCAAGCCAACAAAUUCGAAGGGCAUGUACCUACAAGCAUAGGAGUUCUUCAAAAUCUUCAAGGAUGUAACCUUUCAAAUAACCUUCUUCAUGGUGGUAUUCCCAAAGAAAUGUUUGGAAUUCCAGCAAUCCUUAGUAUUGAUUUAUCUGCAAACAACCUGCAUGGGCAACUUCCUGAUGAAAUAGGCAAUGCCAAGGCACUCGUACAUUUGAAUCUUUCGUCAAAUAUGCUGUUUGGAGAGCUUCCGACCACUAUAGGUAAUUGUGAAAACUUGGAAGACAUUGGGUUGCGACGGAAUAGUUUCGGAGGAAGCAUACCCGUUUCACUAGGGAACAUAAGGGGUCUAGAAGUUCUGGACUUGUCUCACAAUAAUUUGACUGGGUCAAUACCUAUGUCCCUCACAAACCUCCAAUACCUUGAGCAACUAGAUUUGUCAUUCAACAACAUCAGUGGUGAGGUCCCAUUGAAAGGGAUAUUCAGUAAUGUGACUGCUGUGAGGAUUGAUGGAAAUCCAGGGCUUUGUGGUGGGCCAUUGGAGCUACACCUACUCGCAUGCCAAGUCAUGCCUGCUAAUUCAAGUAAAAAGAGGCAUUCCAUUGUACAGAAAGUGGUGAUCCCUUUAUCCAGCAUUUUGGCACUUGUUAUAGUCAUAACUGUAAUGGUGGUCUGGAGAGGAAAUCGAAAGACAAAUAUGUUGUCUUUGCCGUCAUUCGGUAGCAAGUUUCCCAAAGUUUCUUACCACGAUCUCGCCCAAGCAACAUGUGGGUUCUCAACAUCCAAUUUGAUUGGCAAAGGAAGAUAUUCUUCCGUGUAUAAAGGAGAACUCUUCCAAGACAGAACCAUGGUUGCUGUCAAAGUUUUUCUCCUAGAGACAUGGGGGGCACAAAAGAGCUUCAUUGCAGAAUGUAACGCUCUACAAAAUGUGCGGCAUCGAAAUCUAGUUCCUAUACUCACUGUGUGCUCUAGUAUUGAUUCCAAUGGAAAUGAUUUCAAAGCCUUAGUCUAUGAGUUCAUGACACAAGGUGACUUGCAUGAGCUACUGUACUCGACUCAAUGUGAUGGGAACACAUCAACUCGAAGCCACAUCACAAUGGCUCAAAGGUUAAGUAUUGCAGUGGAUGUCGCAGAUGCAUUGGAGUACCUCCACCAUGGCAACCAAGGAACUAUCGUCCAUUGUGAUCUGAAGCCUAGCAACAUUCUUUUGGAUGACAAUAUGACAGCACAUGUUGGAGACUUUGGUCUUGCAAGGUUCAAGUUUGAAUCUGCAGCAUCAUCGUCCACUUAUUCAAUCUCGACUUCAGUCGCUAUUAUGGGAACAAUAGGGUAUAUUCCUCCAGAGUGUGCUGCAGGUGGAGCAGUUUCGAGCGCUGGGGAUGUCUACAGCUUCGGGAUUGUUCUACUUGAAAUAUUUUUGCGAAGGAGGCCAACUGAUGAUAUGUUCAAUGGUGAGAUGAACAUUACAAAAUUUGUUGAGAUCAACUUUCCUGACAGGAUACCACAGAUAAUAGAUCCUGAACUACUAGAAGAGAAACAACAUUUAUCUCCAGAAACUUCAUUGGCCAUGAAGGAGAAAAGCUUGGAGUGUUUGCUUUCAGUCCUAAACAUUGGGCUUCUCUGCACUAAGCCGUCCCCGAAUGAGCGCAUUUGCAUGCAGGAAGUCACUGCAAGGUUGCACGGAAUCAAGAAAGCAUAUAUAUCAUAG